UGUACAGACUUUGAUAUUGAAUUAAACCUGUGUUGAUUGAUAUCUUGGACAUGUUAUGAGUAUAUCAUUGUGCGGGAAUAUUACGGAUACUCCUUUGUUGUGUAGAAAAUUCUAUAACAAUAACAAGUUAAAUUAAAGUUCGAUGAAAACAAACUAUGUCACCUAUAAGGUCAGCUCUUCAUGUGUAUAAAGAAAAUACAUUUAUAUAUCAUUGGGCGGAUGUUCUAUCGCGAAAAUAAUUAUAAAUGUUAAGUCUGGUUUUAAACAAGAUGAAAUGUCGCUGCAUGGCGGUGCACCGGGCAGCCACCGGCCGCCAACGCGCUCAACAACCAGAAGUCCGUUACCUGCAGACUGCAAGUACGGAGACCACAUCGAAACGUGCGAUGUACAGGACGGCAGGCAGUGCUACAACACCACAGUGCUCAAGCAGUGCUGUGCCACUUGCCAUGGCUAUGACACGCAGAUACCAGACUGCAAAUACGGAAACAAGAAGCCUUCUUGUCGGGUAGAGCUCUGUUCAAACUACACCCUUGUCGAUAGGGCGGACUGCUGCAAGACAUGCAAGGGGUCGUUCAUCAAUAACACACAGCAGGCGACCACGGGGAUACCUAGGACAACGUUGGGGCCUACACUGGAAGGUCCAGGAGCUGUGACGGAAGGGCUGAAAAAUAAAGCGGACACAGAAUCACUUCCAGACUGGGUAGUCCCAACGGUUACAACAGGGGGGCUGGCCCUGUUGGUUCUCGCCGUCAUUCUUGCAGUGUUUAUUCUACGUCGAAGUCGGAAAAGAAGUGCAGCCAAGUCAUCCUCUCUCAGCAUGGCAACAGUUGAUAGCAACAUAAGCCAUCGCGCCCCCGUCCCCCUUCCCCGCCCCGACAGCACCAAAGCCGAAAGCGUCCGGGAGCAGACCCCUAGUGAGGAAUAUGACUACAUUGGCCAGGAAUAUAUCGAACAUGCGGACAGGUAA